AUGUUUAUGGAAAUCGGAAAGCAUGUUAUCUUAUCUAAUUGGAUGAAUCGCUCUGCUAAGAAACUGUUUGGCUACGAGGAUUAUGAGGCGCUUGGGAAAAUAGUCACAUACUUACUUAUUUAUGAUGAGUUUCAAACAUCAUCAGCGAAGAUCUUGGAAAGGGUGAGGUCUGGUCACAGCUUGGCAGGUCAAUUUCCUUUCAGGAAGAGAUUGGGUGUGGUAUUUAUGGCUUUAGUAAACAAGGGCCCAUUAUAUGAAGAUGAAAAAAAAAAGGGGUUAAACUUCAAGAAACUUCAAUGGCAUCGACCACAACAGUUAUCAUCUUUUGUCUCCAAUCAGACCUCAAAAGAUAUCUUGCAAAAAGAUGGAGGGCUAAAUCGUCAUACACAAGAUACCUCUGUGGACAUGGAUAGGAACAUCACAGAUUUAGAGAAGCCUCCAAAACCACCUCCCACAAAGCGUGUUUUCGGUUUUAGCCUCUUUAAGAAAAUCACUGCAAUAACAAUAUUUCAUACUGGGAAGGUGAAUGUGUAUGAUGAUAUCCCAGCUGAUAAGGCACGUGCCUUAUUGCAGCUUGCUGCAAGCCCUCUUUAG